CACAGGACGUUAAGGAGGUUGUAGAAGACAAUAAGGUGACGCGAAAAACAAACCGUGGACAUUAACUCAUUUGUCUUCUUCUUCUUAAAAACGUGUCUUAGUUCCGGAAUUGAACAACGUUUGGACUCCUGCGCACAUUUUGAGCGGAUUCCCCUCUUCGUUGUUUUUGAAGGGAGGGACUGCCCUCAUCCCAUCAAGGGGACACAUCUUGUCAGGUUUGAGCUUUCAUGAGGAGGACUGAGAAGAUGGAGAGUUUGCUACCAUUACUGGUCCUCAGCUGGGUUUCUCUCAAGGCUCAAGGUGGGGAUGUGUGUGUGUCGGGCCAUGACAGUGGGCCAGUGUUUGAAGAGCAGCCAAACAGUGUAAUUUAUCCAGAAGGUCUGAGUGAAGGGAAGCUGGUUCUCAACUGUCAGGCCAGGGCCAGUCCAGCUGCCUCCUAUAGGUGGUUGGUGAAUGGUACCGAGGUCCCGUUUGGUUUAGACCUCCGUUACACUCUGGUCGCUGGCAACUUGGUGAUCAACAGGCCAGAAUGGAGUCGAGACACAGGUUCUUAUCAGUGUCUGGCCAUCAACCGCUGCGGAACCAUCAUCAGCAGAGCAGCCAUCCUUAAAUUUGGCUACCUUCAUGACUUCCCCCCAGACAGCAGGAGUCCUCAAACAGCUUAUGAAGGCCAGGGCACCUUCCUAGCAUGCCAGCCACCUCCGCAUUACCCAGCUCUGUCCUACCGCUGGCUCCUCAAUGAGUUCCCCAACUUUAUCAAGAAAGAUGACGGUCGCUGGUUUGUAUCCCAGGUAACAGGGAACCUGUAUCUGGCCAAAGCAGAGCCUAACGACACUGGAAGCUACUUCUGUUUCACGACCAUCAACAUGGACAUCAGCACCAAGAGCACGUUCAGCAAAGCCAACCAGCUGAAUGUGCUUCCUGAUGUCAAUCAAAGGAAGUCAGCUCCAAGCAUCAAAGUUCGCUUUCCUGCAGAGACGUACGUGCUAGCAGGGCACACCGCCCAGCUGGAGUGCUUUGCCUAUGGGAAUCCUGUCCCAAAACUGCGAUGGCGAAAGGUGGAUGGACUAAUGCCGUCCAAGGCAGGUUCUAGUGCUGUUAGUCCCACUCUCAUCCUGCCAGACCUUUCUUUUGACGAUGAAGGCGUCUACGAGUGUGAAGCCUCCAACUCGCAGGGAGUUGAUGUGUACCAGGGCCGCAUCAGCGUGCAAGCUCAGCCAGAGUGGUUGCAGGUGAUGAGCGACUCGGAAGUGGAGAUCAGUUCAGAGCUUCAAUGGGUUUGUGUGGCAUCUGGUAAACCAAGACCUUCCAUUGGUUGGCUGCGUAAUGGGCAGCCUCUCACUACACAGGAAAGAGUACAAGUGAAUGGAGCUCAGCUCAAGAUCAGCAACCUCGCCCUGGAAGAUUCCGGGAUGUACCAGUGUGUGUCUGAGAACAAGCAUGGGACCAUCUACUCCACUGCUGAGCUCAGAGUUCAAGUUCAGGCCCCAGACUUUAGGUUAAACCCUGUGCGGAAACUGAUCCCUGCAGCUAGAGGGGGACAAGUGAUGAUCGAGUGUCGCCCUCGAGCUGCCCCAAAGCCCAGCCUGUUCUGGAGUCGUGGGACAGAGCUGCUCACCAACAGUAGCAGGCUGACAGUGACUCCAGAUGGUAUCUUGUGGAUUACGAAUAUCAGCAGGGCAGAUGAAGGCAAAUACACUUGCUUCGCUGAGAACUACCUGGGCAAAGCAAACAGCACAGGACACCUGUCUGUCAGAGACGCCACCAAGAUCACACUGGCUCCCUCCAACGCUGACAUCAAUCAGGGCGAGAAUGUAACUCUGCAGUGUCACGCCUCCCAUGAUCCUACCAUGGAUCUGACCUUCACCUGGGCCCUCAACGGGGCUCUGCUCGACCUGGAGGAAUCGACUGGACCCUACCAUCGAGUGGAGGGCAAGGAAACCAUUGGAGACCUUCUUAUUGUUAAUGCUCAGCUGAGUCAGGCAGGUACUUAUACCUGUAGCGCUCAGACGGUGGUGGACAGUGCUUCAGUAACAGCCAAGCUAGUAGUGCGAGGCCCCCCAGGACCUCCUGGAGGUUUACUGGUAAGGAAUGUUGCAGAGACAUCAGUGGAACUGAAGUGGAGUCGUGGUUAUGACAACCACAGUCCUAUCGGCAACUAUGUGAUCUUAGGACGAUCUUCUCUCUCACCACAGUGGAAGCAGAUGAGAACGGAUCCAGUGAAUAUAGAAGGAAAUGCAGAGUCUGCUAGUGUGGUCGGGUUGUUACCUUGGAUGGAUUAUGAAUUCCAGGUCAUCGCCAGCAACAUCCUGGGCAGUGGAGAGCCAAGCGUGCCCUCACAAACCAUUCGCACACAGCAGUCAGCUCCCUCAGUGGCUCCAAGUGGACUGGGAGGAGGAGGAGGAUAUGGAAAUGAACUUAUCAUUACAUGGACACCCAUGGCCAGAGAAUACCAAAAUGGUGAUGAUUUUGGUUACAUCCUGAAAUUCAGGAAGGAAGAAACGACAUCGUGGACUGAGGUGCGCAUUCCUUUGGUGGAGUCAUCCCGCUACGUGUACUCCAACGUCACCCUGACGCCAUACACGCCCUUUGAGGUGAAGAUCAAAGCUUUUAACCGCAGGGGACAAGGUCCAUUCAGCCAGAUCGCUGUUGUCCACUCAGCUGAGGAAGAACCAACAGUUGGCCCUUUGAGUAUCAACGUCACGGCAUUGACAGCUUUCGAUAUCCAGGUGUCAUGGGAGCCGGUCCUGCAGCCCAACACCAACGGCAUCAUUAGAGGAUACGAGAUCCGAUACUGGCGCCAGCAUGAACGGGAGGCGGCGGCGGACCGAGUGCGGACAGCGGGACUCGAGACAACAGCCAGGGUGUCUGGACUUCGUCCUAGCACUCGAUACCAUGUUGCAGUUAUGGCAUAUAACAGUGCAGGCACAGGACCGCCAUCGCCACGCUUCACUGUGACCACCAGGAAACCACCUCCUAAUCGUCCUCCUGGAAAUGUGUCCUGGAGGACUGAUGCUUCCUGGGUAAUUGUGCGCUGGGACCAUGUGAAGUCCCUGCACAAUGAGUCUGCUAUUCUGGGAUACAAGAUUCUGUACAAGCAUGACAGUCAGACGGUUCUGAAGGUAGUGGACAAGACGAAGACAUCAGUGAACCUGCCGCUGCCCCAAGACGACCAAUACGUGGUGCUGGAGGUGCGCUCCUGGGGUGAAGGAGGCGACGGGCCUGCGCAUGAGAUUAUUGUUUCUCGCGACUCAGGAACGGACAUGAUGGUGCAGAGCAAGGCAGUAGCGUGCAGUUGUUCAAUCCUCACUUCUGCCAUUCUUUUAUUGUCAGUACUGUGACGUCAGAUUUUUGGACUUUUUUUCUUCGCUGAGUUGACACUUUUUGAGUGGCUUUUGGCAGCUGGCAAAGUUUUCUUCGAGGAUACUAAAGAAAACAGUCUUUUUUUUUUUAAAGGGGAAAAUGCAUUUGUCAACACAUUUUACUUUUGUAUUUGGUUGAUCGUAUGAGAAACAUGACAUGGGACUUCCAGCCACAGUAUUUACAGUGUACAUAGUAUUUGGAGAAGAAAAACGUUACAGUAGUCACUAUUAAUUUAAUUUAUUCAUCUUACAUUUACACAAAAUAUACACCUGACCAUUUAGAAAUGGUAAUGAUUAAAUACAGAUUAAUUGAUAAGUACAGUAUUAUCCUAAUUGUUGCUACUGGGGUGAAGUAUGACACUGAUUUAUUGGUUCUGAUAUGCUGUCAUAGACAUAAAUGCAGCCAACAAAAAGUUUAAUAACCUAAACAAACACUUGGAAAAGUCAACAUCAAACACACUAAAGCAACAAGUAAAGUUUUCAAAGUAUACAAACAUUGUUGCUCUACGAGGAUUUUGAGAAUUAAAUAUUAUUCAUUGUAUGCUCAGUUAUUACUUCAACAAAAAUUAUAAUUCAUAACUUUAUAUUUUAUAUUAUUUAUAAUUUACAAUUGACAUAAUGUACUGAUAACAAUGAUCAUUUUAACAACUAUAACGUCUUUAUUGACUCAAUUUACUAAUUGCAAUUUUAAUAAUUCUUAUUAUUAUUGACAUUUACUAAUGAUGGCUAUAAUUUUAACAAUUAUCAUUUAUUGACACUAUUUACUAAUAAUUAUGAUUUUAACAUAGCAUGAUUAUUGACAUUAUUUACUCACAAUUAUAACUUUAAAAAUUAUAGCGUGAUUAUUGACACGGUUAACCAAUGACUUUUACCAUUAUAAUUUCAUUAUUGAUACUAUUUACUAAUAACAAUUAUGAUUUUAACAUUUAUGACAUAACAGUAUUUACUCAUAACAAUUAUAACUAUAAAAAGUAUUUUAAAACAUAAUUUUAACGAUUAAAGCUUGAUUAUACAUAUAAAAUACUAAUUGGAAGGGUCUUGUUUUUUUACACAACAUCUGAAAUAGAGAAAGUAUUCCUGUGUUAUGUAAUAUUGCUGACUAGUAAUAAUAAUACUAGUGACUAUAUACAGUCGUGGUCAAAAGUUGACAUACACUUGUAAAGAACAUAAUGUCAUGGCUGUCUUGAGUUUCCAAUAAUUUCUACAACUCUUAUUUUUUAGUGAUAGAGUGAUUGGAGCACAUACUUGUUGGUCUCAAAAAACAUUCAUGUAGUUUGGUUCUUUUAUGAAUUUAUCUACUGAAAAUGUGACCAAAUCUGCUGGGUCAAAAGUAUACAUACAGCAACAUACAUGAUCAAAGAAGGAAGCCCUUGCUCCAGAAGCGUCUAAAGUUUGCUGCUGAUCACAUGGACAAAGAUAAGACCUUCUGGAGGAAACAAAAAUUGAGCUGUUUGGCCACAAUACCCAGCAAUAUGUUUGGAGGAGAAAAGGUGAGGCCUUUAAUCCCAGGAACACCAUCCCGACCGUCAAGCAUGGUGGUGGUAGUAUUAUGCUCUGGGCCUGUUUUGCUGCCAAUGGAACUGGUGCUUUACAGAGAGUAAAUGGGACAAUGAAAAAGGAGGAUUACCUCCAAAUUCUUCAGGACAACCUAAAAUCAUCAGCCCGGAGGUUGGGUCUUGGGCGCAGUUGGGUGUUCCAACAGGACAAUGACCCCAAACACACAUCAAAAGUGGUAAAGGAAUGGCUAAAUCAGGCUAGGAUUAAGGUUUUAGAAUGGCCUUCCCAAAGUCCUGACAAUGCUGAAGAAACAAGUCCAUGUCAGAAAAACAACAAAUUUAGCUGAACUGCACCAAUUUUGUCAAGAGGAGUGGUCAAAAAUUCAAGCAGAAGCUUGUGGAUGGCUACCAAAAGCGCCUUAUUGCAGUGAAACUUGCCAAGGGACAUGUAACCAAAUAUUAACAUUGCUGUAUGUAUACUUUUGACCCAGCACAUUUGCUCACAUUUUCAGUAGACCCAUAAUAAAUUCAUAAAAGAACCAAACUUCAUGAAUGUUUUUGUGACCAACAAGUAUGUGCUCUAAUCCCUCUAGCACAAAAAGGUAAGAGUUGUAGAAAUGAUUGGCAUUAUGUUCUUUACAAGUGUAUGUAAACUUUUGACCACGGCUGUAAACGGGUUUGCUGCUUUAUUACGUUGGGUGUGACACCAUUUGAUAAUACAUCUUCCUGUCAUUGUAAUCAUGUCAUCUAUCAACUCUUACAUAAAACCUUUGUCACAUUUAUGACAGCAGAAAGAUUGUUGGUGGGGUUUUUUUUUCUUUUUUUUUUCUUUCGUUUAGGAUAUAUGAAGUCAAUGUUUAAACUUUUCUUUCUUCACAAUUGUUUUUGUAAGUUACGAAAAAUAAGUUCCCACAAAAGACGAAAAUAAAGACAAGAGUGUCCAAAUCAUUGUGGACUAUUCGUUCAUGUAGUCAUCCGUUGAUUUAUUUUCAAACACGUGUCUUGUUCAGGCUUGUGGUGAGCUGGAGCCCACCCCAGCUGGCACCCUGGACCGGUCACUUGUCCAACACAGGACUCAAGUACAGCGGUUACCCUGGGUUACGAGUACCUUAUCUUAUGUCUCUUUUGGGGUUUUUAAAAGCCGUCUCUCGGCUAAGUGUUAUGCAU